AUGGCCCCCGACCCCCAACCGCCCUCCGCAGGCGCUUCCUCCUUCAGCAAGACAGGCCCUCAUUCCCCACCGGCGCCUCCUGAAGCAAACCUCCUGCCGGGGACCUUCGGCAGCAGUGCCCACAAGAGCAGAGUGGCCACGGUGAGCGCCGGAUGUCCCGCCCUUCCCUCGUGGGUCCUGGACGAGCGAGAGGCGGCCAGGAUCGCCCGCCGACGCCGCCUUCUGCAGGAGAGAGCGCAGAGGAUUCACCAGCCGAGGGUCACGUCCAUAGCGGUGGAUGUCCAAGCUCUGUCAAGCCAAGUGGAAGAAAGGCGCCGCUAUGAGGAGGAGGAACGCCGUAAAGAGGAGGAAUUCAUGCGUCUGGCAGCCACGCAGGACCGAGCCGCGCUUCUCCUACAGCACCGUGAAAAUGAGGCCCGAGCGAACCAGCGCCACGACCUGACCAAGUUCUGGCGGGAGGAGCAACGACCUGAGCGCCGCCGCGAGUACGACCUCAACUGCCACGACCAUCUCAUCUCCACGCUCUACGACCUCUCGUUCGAAGGCGAAGACGAGAAUCUGCCGGAGCGAGUGAAGGCGCAGAGGCAGCAGGCGGAGGCGUGGUUGCAACAGCAGAAGGAGGAGAAGCGAGUGCGAGAUCUGCAGGAGAGGGAGCAUGAGAGGUAG